AUGAGUUCAUCUCAUUACGAUGGCAGAGACAGAGACAGGGAUAGGGAUAGAGAUAGGAGUCAUACAGUGGAUGGUAGUACUACUUCAAGUGGAAGUAAUAGUGGUAAUAAUACAAGAAGUGUAUCAUCACCUAUACACAGUCUAAGGAAGAAGGGCAAUGUCGUGCGACAGAGCAUAGAGGAGUUCUUCACUCACGUGUCAGGCGCAUUAAGUGAGCUGAAUACAUCGGGUUCGACGACGACACCAACUCCACCGGCAUCACAUCAAGACUCACCAGAUAUCUCACCGAGACUACGAUCGACAUCUGCAUCCACCUCGCCACAACCAUUCACCACCGUGCCACAGACCAUUCAACGAUCAAACAGCAACAGGCAACUCAUGCAGUCCAACUCAUCAUCUCCCACAUCCUCCAGCUCCUCGCCUCAAUCAUCAAACCGAUCGUCAGUCGCAUCAGCUAAUCACAUCAAGUCAUUGGCAAAGCUAUACUUCUGCGCUCAACAGAUUGAUUAUGUAUAUAGUGGAAGCAGUGUUAUGAUGAAGCCAGCGCCAUCACAGACAGAUCUGCCUUAUGAGAACUUGUCGAGUAUAUUGAACGUUCAAUGGACCACCAGUUGGACGAUACAUCUGAUCCCAUCGAUGACUUGUCUGGACGUGCUCAAGUACAUCUCACAAAAGACGUCGCGCAAUGUCAACCUGCUCAAGCUGGCAGACUCUGAGGGCAAGAUCCUCGAGCACGACUACCAUCCAAUCAAUCACCGUUCGAGGAAGUUUGUGGUCUUUGAAGACAUCAACAUUGAGUCACUAAGUGGCGCCACUGGCGGAAACAGGGGCGCCAACAACAACAACAACAGCGUCGCCACUGGCCAUGGCCGUGGCAACAACAUAUUUGACAACAAGUAUAGCGAACCUUCAUCACCGGUAAUUGUGACGACACCAAUGACAGCGCCGGUGAGUUGCAAUGUGCUGGAUGACAACUUGUCAUUGUCGGCCAAGAACUCGCCAAUGUCUGGAUCACCUACGGGCCAGCGACGCGUCCCUCCACCUCCUCCGCCACGCACCAACAUGUUUUACAAUCCUCUCUUGGUCAACACCGACCUCCUCAACGAUCCCAGCAACGGCAGCAGCGGUACCAACCAUGAUUCACGACGCUCAUCUCCAAGCCCAAGUCGGAAGAACAGCGCGGGCAAUCUCAACUCUAGCAGUGGCAGCCCCACUCAAACAUCAACAUCAACAUCAUCAACAUCAUCAACGACAACGACGUCAUCAACUACAUCAUCCGCAGCAUCAACAACAACAGCAAGCGUAUCAAGUACAAUCAGUAGCGCAGCAACUGGAACAUAUACAUACUGCAAGUUCUUGGACAGGGUGGAGAGCGCGAGCAAUCCCCCGACGACAGAGAAGGGCAAGAUCUUGGACAACUACUUUAGUCAUUACUACCAGGAACUGUUCAAGUACAUUCACCACCGCAGCAGACGAUACCAGCGUGUGUUGGACUUUGUCCGUGACUCGGGCCUGGACGAGUCAGCCGCACAGGCGUGGCGCGCCAAGCACUUUGACAGCGAGUCCAAUUUCUUGCGCAACAAACGUGCGGGCAUGAAGCUCAAGGAGUUCAAGAUCCUUACGCAGAUUGGCAAGGGUGGCUUUGGCCAGGUGUUCCUGGCGAUCAAGAACGACAGUGGCGACGUGGUAACACUCAAGCGCAUCAAGAAGCAGGCAUACCAAUGGGCCAAUCAGCGAUCUCAAGUGUCCCAAGAGAAGAUAGUGAUGAGUGAGGGCAGCGGCAAGUGGAUCACUCGCCUGCUCUACUCAUUCCAGGAUCCACAGUACCUCUACCUGGCGAUGGAGUAUCAUUGUGGCGGCGACUUCCGUGCACUACUCAAUAACCUUGGCAUGCUGUCUGAGGAGGACGCGCGAUUCUACAUGGCCGAGAUGGUGGAGGCGCUGUGCUCGUUGCACGCGCUCAACUUCAUUCACCGCGACAUCAAGCCAUCCAACUUUGUCAUCGACAAGAAUGGUCACAUCAAGCUGAUAGACUUUGGACUGAGCAAAGAAGGAGUCGAGUGCAAGAACGGCCUCAAUCAAAAGUCAAUGUCAGACUUUAGGAAGAGCUUCCUCGAAGGCACGUUCUCGCAGCGCUCCACACUGACGCGAAGUAGCAAUGGCACGGUCGUGGCGUAUCGCCGCCCAACGGCGCACUCUGCCGUCGGCUCGCCCGAGUACAUGGCGCCCGAGAUCGUCGUGGACGAGGGCUACACACUUAGCUGCGACUUUUGGUCACUGGGCUGCGUGUUCAUGGAGAUACUGUGCGGCUUCAACCCGUUCUGUGCGGACACGCCCAGCGACGUGUUCCUCAACAUCAUCAAGUGGCGCGAGGUACUCGACUGGCCACUGUUCACGCAAGAUCUGUCGCCAGAUGCGGCCGACAUUCUCAAGAGGAUGCUGUGCGAGCCGUCGAGCAGGUUCAGCAGCAUCGAGGAGUUCAAGGCACAUCCGUUCUUUAACAGGAAUGGAGUGACCUGGCAGAGCACGCUGGAUCAGACGCCGCCCUUCAUACCCAAGGUGGAGAGCGACAUUGAUACGUCCUACUUUGAGGACGCUGUAAAUACCGACCCGUCCACGUGGGACACCACCGUGGAGAAUGGCGAAGGCGGCACGGACCGACGCGAUCCAUUCUCCAAUCUCAACAUUCCAUUCUUCACCUACAGGAAGUCGUCCGUACUCAAUCUUAUCGAUGACAUGACAGGUCAACCAAAGUCAGAGUUCCCCUACUAG